AUGGGACGUUCCAGCGGAGCCCGCAAGAAAGCGAACAUCAAACCCUGGCAUACUCCCUAUGCCCGCCUCAACCUCUCCGGACUCGUUGGCGGCGUGAUCCCGAAGCGCAUACGUGCCAUCGAGGGUGCCAAGGCAAGGCUUAAAACGGCCAGGACUGUCAGGGCCGCAGCGGUUGAGUGGCGACACAUCGAUACGAACCUGUCGGCCAUUGACAGCGUCUACACAAAGAUCAGGACAGCUUUGCGCAAUGGAGGCAUUCCUGGCCGGCUCGUCAAGUUCAACAUCCCAAAGUUUGACGAGAGUUCUUCAACCAGCAACACCAAAGUCAUCAAAUCCGACGAUCUCGCCACUGCCGCGAUCAAGAAAGGAGAAUCGGUUCAGAAACACAUCAAGGACGAAUUCGAGGAUGAGUUAGAAGACGGAGAGGUCAAGGAUGAGAUCAAGGAGGAAACCGAGGAUGAACCAGGCUGCAGCCGAAGCAAGCACACCCUACCCGCAAAUGGACUGUCGGACUUUGGGACGUGGUUCCAAGACCGGGUCACGGGUAGCAAGAAGAAGCUGAGUCAUCUUGAGCACGUCUCUGCGCCCACGGGCAAGAAACAGGGCUCUUAG